UGACGAAGCAAAAAGAAUCACGCCGCAGGGUGCAAGAUGGACGCUGCCGCGUUCCAGCAACAGAUGCAUGAGCAACAGAGAAGGCGGCAGGUUGCGACGGCCACUAGCCAGUUGUGUGGAGGAACGUUUUCUCCUCCCAACAUGGCUAUGUUUGCCCAGACGACGCCAUCCAUACCGGUGCAACACCAGCCUCCCCAUAUCCAGUUCCAUCACCCCUUACACAUUCAACCGCCGCCGCAGAUCAUGUACUCCGAUGACUCAUUCCCUGCAUCUCAUAUGCCAAUGGUUGUCGCUCCUGACGGAUCCCAAGGGUACUUUGCCCAACCGCCCUCGGCACAGGCCGCGUACGAAUCGUCCGAACCGAAUGCAGCACCAAGCAAACGCCUGACUAGUCGGUGGAAAUCUGCAUCGUCCACGCAGCCCCACUACCCCAAGAGCAAGUUUCCAGCCCAUCCUUCUGCAGACUCAGCAAACAUGACGGCGGACACGUUCGCGGAUGGUACACAAGGUCUUGUCCUGGACAAAGCCGUCCUGUCAAAGCUCCUCGCUCGGGACGAAAGCGAGAUAAGCGACGACCAGAUCCGCAGCAUCAUGCAAAACAAAGAGCUCCUGACAAUUUACAAAAAACUACAGGAAGAAGAGGCGAAGCGCCAGAAGCGCCUCGACAACAACCGCAAGACGGCGCAAUUGCGACGCAAGAAGAAGAAAGGCCUCGUUGAGACGUACGAGUCUCAGGUUUCCGAACUUGAGAACAUUCUUGCCAAGAUUCACGCCCAUCGCUUUGGCCAGGGCGACGUCCAGACGCUGGUGGAUGCCCUGGGAGGUGACCAACGGCAGAGCGUCAACAUGACCAAGGACACAAAACACCAACAGACGUCCGUGCUAUUGAAGCAGCAUUCGCGGAAUGCUUCCGCGAUUCGCCAUGCCAAUGAUGAGAGCUGGAUGCUGGCGUUGGCAGCGGCAAAUGACCCUACGUUCGCACACUUGAAGCAAGAGCUUGGACUCACCGAGGCCCAGUGCGCGCGACUCGCACAAAUGCAAACCUUGAUCCACAACGAGUCGACGCGUCUCGCGAUCGUUGAGAAAUGCUUUGCGGCGCUGCACGUGCAUGAAUGGCUGCAUUUUCCCAAUACAGAGGUAUGAUGCGCAGUACUUGCCCACCAUGACCCACUACAUUUCAGAAUUUGGUCGACUUGUUCCGCGCGCCACUCAGCGAUGCUCAGCUUCAGAAGUUCGUGCAGUGGACACGCGUGAAUCAAGGUGUCAUACAGCAUCUUCAGGUAUGCCUGCUACGUUUGGAGCUGCCUAUUCAUGUGCUUCCUGUGUCCAGUUUGCGGCGGCGCCCACGGUCGGCGGCGGCAAUGAGAAGGAUCUUGUGUUCGAGUUUCCUACAGAAUUGUAACCGGAUGGUAUCUCUAUAUCCUGAAGUAACUAUUUCAAAUGAAUAAUUAUUCUGUAUU